CGAUUUGCCGUGCGACAUUGAACGUGUAUUUGUACAUAUAUAUACAUACAUACACUAUUGUUCCGGAAUAUUCUACGUUGUAUAACUAGAAAUUCUGAACCCAGCCAGUGCCAAGCAGACGAGUCAGUUUGAAGCAGAACGUGUUUCGUGAAAGUGAUAUUGACUAAGCAAAGAAUAAUAACUUCAACAUGCCUCGACGAGGACGUUCCGCAAGUCCACCACCCCGAAGGGCGACGGUACCUGCAAGGGCUGCGCCACCUCCAGCGCAGCCACCGAUGCAUGCUGCACCAUCAGCCCCAAUGGCCGCUCCAUCCCAAGGUCCAUCUCUGAUGGGACAAAUGGCAGCAACCGCCGGUGGUGUGGCAAUUGGAUCAGCAGUUGGACAUACAAUUGGACAUGCGAUGACUGGAAUGUUCAGCGGAGGUUCGGACCAACCUGCGGCUGCUGCUCCGGCUGCGCCUCAAGCUUCCAUGGCAGGCAAUGCCGAACCCAGCGGACCUUGCGCAUGGGAGAUUAAACAGUUCCUCGAAUGUGCGCAGGGUCAAUCAGACUUGACUCUGUGCGAGGGCUUCAACGAGGCCCUUCGCCAGUGCAAAGUUUCAAACCAUGUAAUAUAGUGAGAUACAAUUGUUCGAUUAGAAGGCCGUGAAAACAACAAGUACAUGCUACCUAACCGGCUCAUGAUUACGGAAUCCAUAUUACUUGUAGUUUAACUAUGAUGGUAGCCCUGCUAAAACCCUAAAAUGUACAAUAUGUAGACUUAUUCGUUGAAUAAAUAAAUUCGUCGUCCAAGC